AUGACUGGUCUUGUAAUCGGUUCUGAGACUCCGUGGAUAGAGGUGCAAGCCUUGCACAGUGGGGCUGCAAUGGUAUACACAGUCGAAUAUCAUAAGAUAGAUAUAGUCAACUUUACAAGGAUCAAAUACAUUCAUCCACUUGAACUCGCGGAACAAUGGAAGGACAACACGGAAAAGUUCGACUUUGUUUUCUCUUUCUCUUCAAUUGAGCAUAGUGGCUUAGGAAGGUACGGCGAUAAUAUUGACCCUAUUGGUGAUUUGAGAGAAGUUCACAAGAUUUUGUGUUUACUCAAAAAAGGAGGUAGAUUCCAUCGACUAUUCUUCGUUGCUUUUCCGCGUGGCGAAGAUGCCAUUAAGUACAAUUACCAUCGCUAUUACGGUCGGAUGCGAAUCGCAAUGGUGAUGGCAGGUUUUGAGUGGUUAGCCACCUACAGAGAAGAUAAACCUUAUCCGAUACUUCCGCAACGAGAAGACUACGAAACUGUGGAUCUACAUAGACAAGAUCUCUAUGUUCUGAAGAAAUUAUGA